GCUGGGUUAGCGGGAAUCGACGACGAACCAGAGGCAGGCGAAAUGGAUGGGAGACUUGGUGUGAGCUUCGGCGGCGACGGUUGGAGUGAGGACGAAGAGUCUUCGUUUGACGCGGACCUUUUCUUCGCUAACUUGGAUGACUCGUCCGACUCGUGCGGCUCGCCGGCUGCGCUGCGUCCGGACUCGUUUGGUUCUGGUAUGGACGCAGACUCUGUUGGCACGUUCUCGGGGGACGAAGAGGACGCACUGUUGCUAAUGGAUAUAGAUCCGUCUGUGCAGAUGCGCAGGUCCACAGGCGAGUUCGAGGUCGGGGUGGAACUCGACGGACUUGCGCUUGGCCUUGAUGGACAGCUGCUCUUACCCUCGAAUUUUGCUCAGUUCGCUGCAUUCGAAGGCGAUUCUGAUAAUUCGAACGAGACCGACGUCGAUAUGACCAUCUCCCAGAGUGGUUCCAGCACCGGAGACGAUGCGGGCGCCAGUGACGAAGAUGGCUUGUUUCUCGAGGAAGGCGACGGCGAGACUACUGAGGAUGAACUCGUCGACCCGGACGGCCUCCCCAACUCGAAGGCUAUGAUGCUGUUUCGCUGGCCCGAACCUAUCUCCGGCAUCGAUCCACGGUCCACAGUUACUCAGUCAUCUGGCCCUGCAGAUAUCCAGGGGUCUCCACAAGCUUCGCAUACCCUUCGAAUGGCAUUGCAAUUCGUGGUCGACGAUCGUUAUUCCGCUACUCCGAGUGGUGAUACGAGGCUUUCGGUCGAAGAUUCCGGGGAUAGUAGCCAUCACUGCGACUCUCCAAAAAUGUACGAGGGUGAGACUAGACGUACGCCAGGCGUUCCCGUCAUGGGCCAAUUCGAACCUGCUCCUACCGGCGAGGUAUCAAGAAUUGCCAUCAUUGGCGAAAAUCAUGCCCCAAUUCCUAGCCCGUUUCCCAGGUCAAAAAUUCUUCGCGCAAAGCAGCGCAAGCCUCGCGCAGAUGAGAAGGCUGGUAGCUUGGACUUCACCACCGAUUCCGAGGUUUACGGGCGCAACUCUUCGACGCUGUUUGUCUCCGUCAACCCGCCUUCAUCGGACGAGCUCGGAUCCCAAUCUCAUGCUCUGACAUCUGAUGACCCUCUGUCAACAGACGCCAUCGAUCUCGACGAUGUUUUGGACGCCUCGCUCUUGGAUUCAGAACCGUUGUUUAGAUCGACCACGCCUUCUCAGCACGACUGGCUGUCACCUUCGACUCCCAUUGCUACUGCGUCCAUCGAGAAUCUCAACCGCUGGGAUCGCAUUCCCGUUGGUACCUUCCGUCGCACGCGCGAGACAUCUUUGCUUGAGAGCACGCCAGGCUCGGACACGGGUAUCGCGAACUCAUAUCCUGGUAUCAGCGCUCUGCUGAAUAACGACAUGCUCGACACGCCAAAAUCGAAAGUAUCGAAGCUGAAGGGUAAAUCGAAGAAGGGCUCGAAGUCCGGAGCUUCGAAUCCUCUCGUUAUCUCACCCGUGCUCCUUCCCGUCCGCGAUGGCGACCGCACGCCAACUGGUAGUGGAGUUUACAACCCGUUCCAGCAAAACGGACAUCCCCAUCAACAGAAAUCGCGCAGAGAGCUGCGCAAAGAAAAAGCGAUGGUGAAACGGAAGAUGAUUAGCAAACACGGGCCGCAGCCGUCACUGCGCAAUUAUCCGCAUGCUCAUCGCCACCACUACCCGAACAUGAAAAGUCGAAGCUCGGGCUCGAUGCAACGUACACACCUCGCGCAGAGCUCCCAUGUGCCCCACCUCAACUUAUGAACGGUCGCUACGGAAUGACGCUUUGUUGGCUUGGACCGCACAAUCCCUCACUGUACUUUCUUGUGACUGACACGUAUUUGCCAUGGCGCUAGUAUCCCACGUCACAGCCCGACCCCCAUUGCCCCCCACUCUCUCCCGACGCC